AUGGUGGUGGAGCCCGAGGUCAGCGCGGCUGUCCUCCCCUCCAGCCCCGAGCUGCCCGGGCAGCUCCCGGUCGAGCUGCUCGCCCACCCCGCCUCAGCCUUGACUUUCUCCCCGGAGCAAGUGGCGUGCGUGUGCGAGGCUCUGCAGCAAGGGGGGAACCUGGACCGGCUCGCCCAGUUCCUGUGGUCCUUGCCCGCCAGCGAGCUGCUACGUGGCAACGAAAGCAUCCUGAAUGCCCGGGCGCUGGUGGCUUUCCACCAGGGGAGAUACAAAGAGCUCUACGGCAUUUUGGAGAGUCACAACUUCGAGGCUUCCUGCCACACGUUCCUGCAGGACCUGUGGUACAAAGCCCGGUACACAGAAGCCGAGAAGGUCCGCGGUCGACCUCUGGGCGCUGUGGACAAGUACAGGCUGAGGAGGAAAUUCCCUCUGCCCAGGACCAUAUGGGACGGGGAGGAGAGGGUCUACUGCUUCAAGGAGAAGUCGAGAAACGCUCUCAAAGAGCUGUACAAACAGAAUCGCUACCCAUCGCCCGCGGAUAAGCGGAAUCUCGCCAAACUGACCGGACUCUCCCUCACACAAGUCAGCAACUGGUUCAAAAACAGGCGCCAGAGAGACCGAAACCCCUGUGAAACGCACUCCAAAAGUGAGUCCGAUGGUAAUCACAGUACUGAAGAUGAAUCCAGCAAGGGUCAAGAUGACCUGUCUCCUCGUCCACUAUCAAAUCCACCAGAUGGAAUGAACCACUCCAGUAUCCAAGCUCAUUCAGAAGGCAUGUUCAUCCAACAUAUUGGGGAUCUGAAAUCCACUCCGAGUUCAUCUGGCAUACUACUCAAUGGAAACCUUGUAACUACAAACGGCACUCCUGUGUUUUGCAAUGGAAGUUCUUUCAUCCAAGGACCUAGCGGAGUCCUUGUUAAUGGACUGCCUCUAGGAAAUGCCCAGACAAUCAGUUUAAGCCCAGUUGGAACCACUCCCAGUGUGCUGGUUAAUAACAUUUCAAACGGAUCCCUUGGCGCCACUGAGCUUAAGACUGAAAGUAUACAUAUGCUCAACUCUCAAGACUUGGGAUCUUCUGGCUCUGUUGACAAUGGUCCUGUACAAAUAAACCAAUAUGGACUCGUGCACCUCCAUAAUUCAGAAAAUAAUGUCCAACUGGUGAAUGGAAAUAUUGGGUUAACUUCUCUGCAGCUACCUUCUGUGUCUGCUGCAUCAUCACAAGGGAAUAUUUUAAUAACAAAUACUUCCGAUGGAGGAACCCUCUUAAGCGGUACAGCAGCCACUCUUCAGCAAGGUAAGGUCUUCUUGACCACCACUCUUCCACCCAGUGCAGUCAUGUGCACAAUCCCUAAUUCAGGACAGGCUGUAGCCCAAGUUAAGCAUGAUGCGUUGGAAGGUGGCCUGGUGUUUUCUCAGUUAAUGUCGCAUAACCAACUGAAUGUCAACGCAUCAAACGGGAAUCAAUCUGGAACAGUACUUAAUACUCCGUCCUCGUCUCUGAUAAGCACGGGUCCACCUCAGAAUCUCCCUUUGACUUCCUCCAAUGUGCUGAACGGAUCGGGUACUUUGAGCUUCAGCCUCACAGUGAGUCUGCCUCUGUCCACUGCUACACACGCGACCCUCGAUCAAAAUGUGUCCACUGCAAUCGGCGAUUCACUUCCCAUUGUGUCCAUGGGAAACAGCGUGUAUGCCACACCUCAGAACUGCGGCCUGCUUUCAAACUCCACCCAAGAGAAUGUAUGUGAAUCUGUUGUUGUUUCUGUUAGCGGAGAUAAACCGAGAAAUGAUCUUACAGAGGGACAUCAGGAGUAUGAGCACGUGUCAGUACUGCAUCCGACAGUAAAGGAGACCUACAUUGCUGUUUCAGAGAACAAAUGCAGCAACCACAUGAUGAUGAUGGACUCGAAAUCCAAAUACGUUAUACAUGAUGUGGUUAACAGUGUCUGCAAAGAAUUGGAAACAGAAGAAAAAGAGCUAGCAAAACUGCAAAAUGUACCAAUGGACGAAGAUAUGUGUGAUAUAUAGUUCACUGAGUGACUGGCUGCUGAAAGUGGGUCUUCUCAAUUUUUCUAUCCCCCAUUUCAAGCACCCACAGACAUUUAUUGUACUUUAUCUACUUUGUAGAUGGUACGAAGCAGAAUGAGGUAGUUGGGCAUUGUCCGAUUUUUAAUGGACACGUUUAAUGGUGCCUUAAGAAUUUUAGUUACAAGUAGGCAUAUUUUUAAAAGUAUAUGAAUUAGGUCAGUCGUUCAUAAACCAGGAAUCAUUUGCUUCAUAUCCACGGUUUGAUAUCCACACACAACCUGGCAGUUUAAACAUUAUUUAAGAGCAUGACAUUACACCAUUGCACAGUGAAGGCACAAAAAUCCUGCCAUAAGCCAUCAGCUCUCCUGAGACCUGCUGUGAAAGGCGCUAUAUAAAUACAAAUUGUUGUUGCUGUGACCUCAAUCACUGCCAGACACUACCUCUCUAUCUCUAAAUUAAAGUCAGAAUCACAGCAUCCUUCAUCUUUUAUACACACACACACACCCCACCCUCUCUCUCGUUCCCCUCCCAUAUGGAAAGCACCACUUUUUUUUAAAAACAGAAUUAUUUCCCGUAACCUUAAAGCUUCUUACCAAGAAAGAGUCCAAAGAAUAUUUACUGUAUUAUUUUUAAUAGACUUAUUGGAUUGGUCAAUUUUACUGUCAAUCUUUUUUUAAUUGACAACCAGCAUAGCCAAUCCAAAUUGAACUGUGCAAACUGCAUUGUCAGACUUAACAUUAGGUACAUAACUUUCUGUUACAGAAUAAAACGUUUUAAUCUUAUAAAGGUCCUGAACCGAAGUACUGUGAAAACUAAUGGGAAAUGUUUUUUUUACUUCUUUCUGUUAUCAAACUGCACAAACAUCAACUUAGGUGGUGGUGGGUGAUUGACUUAAACAAAUUGGUACUAUUACAAGAUCAUGUAGCAAGUCUCUUUUCCAAAUUUCAACUUACUGGUUGGGACUUAAGAAUACUUAGUACAUUGACGUAAAUUAACGGUUAGUCAGGAACAUCCUUGGUAAUAAUUGGCCUCCUUUACUUUAAGUGCCUUAUAGUCACACAGUCCAUCAUUCAUUUGUGAUGGAGGUUAUAACUUAAUAUACACCUUAAUUAACUGGUCAGUAUAUGUCAAUAUUCAACCGUAAAACAAAAGUGUGCAAUACUUCAGUGUGAGUAAGAUAAUGUCCAUUCAGUUACAGGUUAGCAAUAGACAGUUUGUUCUGAUGCUGUAAUGCUCCACUGAUGCCAGCAUUCGUUCCCUCCAGUUAAUGUCUGCCUGUUAAACUUUCUUGUCCGUAUUUCCUCGUCAGAGUCACCUGAAUAAUGUGCCUUGACCUGCAUUAUGUAUGUACUGUAUUGUAAAAGAAUGCACAGCAGUAAGCUGCAUGUAGGAUAACUCUGCACUGUGUGAGGAGGUUGUAGCAGAUCAAAGAGCUUAGAUGACGCUCAAGAUUUCAUGGUUUUCUAAUCUCCUCUGGACUCCGUGAUGAGUUACAACUUUAUAACAUACUAAGUAGAAGCUAGAUUAUUCGGUUAGUCAGGAAAACCCAUCGAUAGCACUGCUUGUUACAUUACGAACUCUAAAUAAUGUCACACAUUGUUAAAUUGUCUGAUUUGUUUGUGAAAGGCAGCUCCACCCAAAAAUAAUCAUUGCAUACGAUCAGGAAUUAAUUAACUUCCCAUUUGACAACAGCCUAACAGUAUAUUUCACAGGUUUAAUGGGUUUUAAAGUACAGGUGGUGUUAAUAAACCACUCAAGCUUUGCUCUUGUGAUUUUUGGUGUCAUCUCUAUGCCUUGAAGCAAACUCAAGUCUGUGUGUUCUAUAUAUUUAACACAUCAUGUUAGAAUGUUCAAAGGUAACAUACAAUUACUGAAGUCCCUUCUCAUUGAGCAAACCUUGCCAAUUGACAAAUGUUGUUGGUUACCGAGCGCAGUGUCUCCUACUUUAACGUUUCUUCAAAGAAUCCUUGUGUUGCCUCCUUUUCCUCCAGCCCCCCCCCCCCUUUCAGUUUGUAUUUAUUCAAGUUCUGUGAAGCAUCAACUUGUCCACAAAGGUCUGUGCAGAAAAACAUUUGAGUUUUAAAUGCACUGAUGCAACCUACGUCCAUAUCACUCCAUAUUAGGAAUUUUGGUCUGUUUCAGAACAAAUUGAGCAAUAACAUGGUUCCUACAAACGUUCAAUUUAACUUGUUGGCUGUGUUUUUCAGUAGCUAUUCUUUUGAAGAGUUCAAAGCGACUUAUCUCCUGCUUCGUUUACAACAUUAUAACAUUGUGUAGCCAUUACCAGAAGCGUUCCCAAACUGAAGGGAGGGAACGGUUAAAACAUCAUCACCCUAAGCUGUGAAAUGAAAAUUCUGUCUGGUUAUAAGCCACUUGUUGGGAACGCAAGGUACCCAGCGGUGCGCACAUAUAGUAGCAAAACCCCACUAAUCGGAGCAUGUCACUGAGUUCGUUAAAUUUAUCAGCCGGUAGAUCUAGAGUAUAUGUUUGUGUACAUAAUGUAUGCAUUUUCAUGUUUUGUGCAGGUAUGUGCAUUAUUUUAAUCGCCUCUCAGUGAUGAUUGCCUUUGCUUUUGUUUGUAAAAUGUGAAACUUUUGAAAACCCAACAAACUAUAGUAAAUACGGUAGAAACAUCCUGUGAUUGUUCCACAGAAUGUUUAUGAAGUGCAGCUACCAUGACGGUUUUGGUGGUAAAUGAUCGCCAGUUAAUACGCUUAGACAAUCUUCACAUUAUUUAGAUAAAAUCGUGUUGAACGACCAUAAAACUCUCAAAGCGAAUGACCGUUCUGGCAGGAAAAGUGUGCAUGAGUGGUUUGAUUUUCGCCUUUAGGAAGCUUCUGCCAUGCAAAGAAAUCGGAUCUUAUUGAAACACUGCAGGGACAUUCUGUUUUAAUAGAGUAGGAACAGUGAAAAUCUGUGACUUGGGAUUGAAAACAAACUGCUCUGUGAAUAGUUUAAGGAGCACGAGAGUGAUUUUACUCAAAAGGACAGUCAGUAGGUAUUCUUUGUUUAUUCUUGAAACAAUUGAUAUCAGUCUGGCAAAUGUCAGUCUCAAACUGCCUGAAUUUGCUGGCCAAAUAAAUAAUUGAACUGCCUUGAACAAAAUAUUCCUGGCUUAUUUUAAAUUUGACUGUAUUUUCGAGACAAUUGCUGCCCUUUGACACACGCAGGCAUUCUGUGAAUCAUCUACAUUCAGUACUACAAUCAGUACUAUCUUAGAUGGUUAUUGAGAAGCAUCUGGUAGUGUGUUGUGGUAUUAGUUCAGGGUGCUUCCAUAUUUAUCUAAUAUUUAGGCUAAAUAAAGAGUAACUUUUUCCCUAUAUCCUUAUGUUUGUUAGUACAAAUUGUUUUAUAGUUUUGCUUUGAAGGGUUUCUUUAUUUUUUAUUUAAAGGGAAGGUUUUUCUUAGCUAGUGCAAGUAAUAUGCUUUGAUUUCAAGUUGUUUUAUUGUACUGGAAAUAGAUUUGGCAUGAUGCUUUAUAAAUGUUUUACAUUGGUUUGAAUUUGUCUAUGCACACACUGAGGGAAAUGGGUCUCUUUUUUUAAAAAAAGCAUCUAUACUGCACUAACUUCUUGGUGAUGGUACAUUGAGCAUGUAUUACAGUGUUUGUGUGCACCCCCUUGUGAUACCAAAGAUAUUUUAAAUGCCCCAUUUAAAAUGUAAUCUGGUUUUGUGUCUGAACUGUUACAUGGCUUUUGUUUGUAUUCUGAAAUUAUCUGAGCUUAUUUUUCUAAACACUAUACUCAAUGAACUUUAUAUUUAUA